AAAAGCUCUCUCCAAAGACGUUUUUAAUUGGUUUGAAUGAGAGGAGUUGUAUAAAUUGCUCAAGGUAAUUUAGCAAGAAAGAGAAGAGAAGCAGCAAGGUGCACAUGCAGAUUGCAGAGCCAAGAGACACUACACUUGGAUAAACCUCACUCACUCAACCAGCCAUUCCCUCUUCAUUCACCCACACACAAGAUAAACAACAACACAAACACAACGUUCCCUUUUUCUCUCUAUCAUCAUUCUUCACACAAAUCAUCUUCUUCUAACAACAAAACAAAAAAACCUCUUCACACUUUUCUCUUUUUUGUCUCUCUGUCAUGGAGAGAUACACGCUACCGUUACCAUCACAACAAGUUCACAACACUCUCACUAUACCUUGGACUGAACCUCAACAACAAGAAUCACCUUCUUCAUGGUCCACACCUAACUCCGAACCUAAACACAACCACGAACAAGACAUUGCAAUAGCUAUUGCCAUGGCUGGUUCUUCUCUCCCUUUCUUCAAACCCGAACCACAACCCGAACCUGAUAACAACUUCUACAACAACAACAACGUUGUUAAUGUUAAUAAUGUUAUUCCCUUACCAGACAAUUUUCUCAUGCACCAAAACACAAACACCAUAGAUUCAAUUUCAAAUCCACACUCUUUCUUUCACAACAAUAACAACUACUUCUUCAACAACAAUAAUACCAAUAACCCAUUUGAAAUGGGCUUUGAAAAUGGAUUCUUUAUGGGUAACAACAACACUUCAACUUCCCCUGUUUUCAUGGGUGGGUCCCUUUCAGCUUCUGAGUUUCCUCCGAGUCUUGAACUCGAUGCUGCUCCAGUACCACCUUUUAGUGCUUCGUUUUCUAUGCCUCUUGAGCUAGCUCAACCUCAACCGCAACAACAUCAUCAUCAACAGCAACAGCAACAACCAACGACGCUGUUUCAGAAGCGUCGUGGGGCGUUGGAGAUUCCGAGGUUGGAGACUGUGGGGAACAAGAAGAAGAGGAAGGUGGAGAAGAGCUGGGAAGAAGAAGGAAGUGGUGGUGGUGGUGGUGAUGAUGUGGAUGAUUUUUCUGAGUUGAAUUAUGAUUCUGAUGAGAAUGGGAAUGAUUUGAAUAAUUCAAAUGGGACUGUUGUUACUGGUGGAGAUCAGAAGGGAAAGAAGAAGAAGGGGCUUCCAGCGAAGAAUUUGAUGGCUGAGAGGCGCAGGAGGAAGAAACUCAAUGAUAGAUUGUACAUGCUUAGGUCUGUUGUGCCUAAGAUUAGCAAGAUGGAUAGGGCUUCAAUACUCGGAGAUGCAGUUGACUACUUGAAGGAGCUGCUGCAGCGGAUUAAUAAUCUUCAUAAUGAACUGGAAUCAACUCCACCUGGCUCAUUGCUGCAACCUUCUGCAAGUGCAAGCUUUCACCCGUUGACACCCACUCCACCGACUCUUCCCUGUCGAGUCAAAGAGGAUCUAUAUCCUGGUGACUUGCUAAGCCCCAAAAACCAAUCUCCCAAGGUGGAAGUUAGAGUAAGGGAAGGGAGAGCGGUCAACAUUCAUAUGUUUUGUACUCGCAGACCAGGACUUUUGCUGUCUACCAUGAGGGCUUUGGAUAACCUUGGAUUGGAUGUUCAACAGGCUGUUAUCAGUUGUUUCAAUGGCUUUGCAUUAGAUGUGUUCAGAGCCGAGCAGCAAUGCAGAGAAGGCCAGGACGUCCUCCCCGAGCAAAUUAAAGCCGUGCUUUUGGAUUCAGCUGGCUACCAUGGUUUGAAUUGAAUGAAGCUCCAGAUAAAAUGCUACCCUUAUAGAGGUACUAACCGUAGCUGCUGUAGCUUGCUGUUUGUAGAUGCAUUGCUUCUUGUUCCUGUUAGUAAAGGUCUGUGUCUCCAGGUCAAGAUCAGAUAGAAUAGCUUAAUCCGUAGGGUGGAGGAGAUAGGUCUUAUACUUUUCUCAAUUGUGCUUAUGACAAGAGCAAACUUGUGUUGUUGAAUUUAUGAUUAAGUGGUGGAAUUAAUUGUUUUAUUUA